GUAAUGAGCAGUCGCAGGUUGGGAUCAGGCAGAAGCAUGGUCGAGAACAAGGCAAGGUCGGUAAUGAGCAGUCGCAGGUUGGGAUCAGGCAGAAGCAUGGUCGAGAACAAGGCAAGGUCGGUAAUGAGCUGUCGCAGGUUGGGAUCAGGCAGAAGCGUAGUCGAGAACAAGGCAAGGUCGGUAAUAAGCAGUCACAGGUUGGGAUCAGGCAGAAGCAUGGUCGAGAACAAGGCAAGGUCGGAAAUGAGCUGUCGCAGGUUGGGAUCAGGCAGAAGCGUAGUUGAGAACAAGGCAAGGUCGGUAAUAAGCAGUCACAGGUUGGGAUCAGGCAGAAGCGUAGUGAGAACAAGGCAAGGUCGGUAAUGAGCAGUCGUAGGUUGGGAUCAGGCAGAAGCGUAGUUGAGAACAAGGCAAGGUCGGUAAUGAGCAGUCGUAGGUUGGGAUCAGGCAGAAGCGUAGUUGAGAACAAGGCAAGGUCGGUAAUGAGCAGUCGUAGGUUGGGAUCAGGCAAA